GGGAGGAGGCCGGGCGAUGGCCGGGCAGCUGAGCGCGGUGCCCGAGGUGGAGAUCGACGCGGAGGGCACCUUCAAGUACAUCCUCGUGCGAGUGCAGCAGGAGGCCGGCCAGCACCGCGAUAUCGUCCGGGGCACCGCCGCCGCCGAGUUCCACAAUCACAUAUUCGAGAAAGUAAAUCCUGAGUUGGAGAAACUAGGUUUUGCAUGCAAGUGCCUUGGAGGAGGAAAAAUUGAGCAUAAUAGUAAAGAGAAGAAAAUCCGUGUAUUUGGUCUUUCAACAGGAUAUGGAAAAGCUGACCAUGCUGUGACAGUGGAACUACUGAAGAAAACCUAUAAGGACUAUGACAUUAGUUGGUCAGAUGACAAGAAGUGAAUUGCCUCUGCUGUUUCUUUUCAGCAUAAUGU